AUGCAGCACAUAUACCGGGACCUUAUAGCUAAUCCAACAGCUCGUCCGGGGCCAUCAACAGGAGUGGAUGAAGCUGGUGCCGGCUUGGAUCUUUUCAGCUUCCGUCGAAUCUUCUUUGGAACACCAGAUACUCAGGAUGUGGGGAAGUUGUCUGUGAUGUGCGAUGUUCCGGUCAUGUUUUUGCCAUAUGAUCUGGCCAAGAUGCUUCUCACUCGAUUUCUUUCCUCACUCUAUCAGAUGGCGCCUCAUUACCCUCCGGCUUAUUACGAGAAUUGCCUGGAACAGCUUUACAGUCCAUCUCCUGGUAAACAUCCUGACACUCUCACUCAGGCUACCAUUUUAACCGCUUUGGCAACUGCAUCUCUGGGUACGGAAUACUUCGCCUGGGGUGAUAUUCUAUACGAACGGGUGAAGGCAUCGCUUACAUCCUACGAUGAAGUUGUUAACCUCCAAACUAUUCAAAUAUCUUUGCUCAUGGCCAAUUACCAAAAUGAGCAAGGUCGGCCAAACUCUGCGUUUCUCUAUCUUGGAUCGGCUUCUCGCAAAGCACUCGCAGCCGGUCUGCAUAAAGAUGCUCCUGGGAGUGGAGUUCAAACCCCAGAGACCGUUGAAGCGCGUCGAAUCACGUUCUGGUCGCUUUUUGUUUUCGAAACGUGGUUCUGCUUUCACACAGGUCGACCGAGCUCACUGUCUUUGAAAGAUGUCGCUAUCGAAGCUACACAAGAUCCGUUCAUUCGAAUCCUGAUCCAUCUCUGCAAAACAAUAUCUCGUUCCACCGACGAAAUCUACGGCCAAAACCACGAGUCCCUACUACAUAUGUGGCGUGUCGCACGUUCAAUCAAUAAUGACCUUCGUGGACAUGAGGAGUUUGCGCGGCAGAAGCUCGGUCUUGGACUCGAUACCAGUCCUCAAACAGGAUCUAUUGGUGUUCGGCAAGCGGUUUACGCUACCUUAUACUAUCAUACUCUCCUGCUCACAUUUAGGCCGUUCCUGAUAUUCCGUGGUCACCUGCUACGAGAACGAAAGAUGGCGGCUCAUCAGGCUAGUGGAUCAACCAAUCGUCCGAAGGAGAUCCCUUCUUGGCUGAACGAGGCGUGUAACUAUGCUCUUACAGCUGCGAGGAAGACCAUUCACCAUUUGAAUGAAUCAUCGCGUGUCAACGAUUUUGUGAGGCAAUUACGAUACCAUGGCUACUUCCUUGGAAGCUCUGCUUUCACCCUAAUAUAUGAUUUAAUUCAUGACCCUCAGGCCGCCGCCGCUCACCUGCCAUGGGUAUAUGCUUCUUUGCAGACCCUGUCUUCAAUGAGAACAGGAGAUCCAAUCUCGAGUACUAUAGCAGCCAUUCAAACAACUCUGCGAAAUGUCGACCUCUCAUACGAAUGGAUACCGGGUCCUAAAACUGGCGACCAAAUUCAAUUCACUGACGGGAGCACUCCCUACAUUUCAAGAGUGCAGGACGCAAUGGAUAGUCAACAAGCACUACUGAAUGGCUCUACCUUCCCUUCGAAGUCUUCAUUGGGACCAGGGCCUGAUUUGUCACCGUCGCCAUGGGGGUUACCGCAGCUUGAGGGACCUGAGACUGGUCGAUCCGGUGGGUCGAAUGAAGACCUCCCCGAUUUCACUCAAUCCGACAUGGGGUGGGAUUUCGAUUUUUCCACAAUGGACUUGGAGGCAUUCUUCUCAGUCUAUCAGGCGGGGGAUCCUUCAUUUUUGCAGUCUUCAUUUAUGCAAUGA